UUUGUGUUGUUGGCAAUGUCUUGGGUGCCUUUGAGUUGGCUAGGUACCGCUAUUUCCGCAAAUUUACCCACAGGAGGUGUGGCUGUGCUAGUUCUAGGAUUCCGUCUGCGAACUCUCAUCCCUAUCCAUACACACCAGGAACAUAUUCAUCUGGGAUUCUGUGUUCGGCCGAAAUAGACCAUCGAGACCAAAUAUGCCCGACUCCCCCUGCUUUGAAGCGCCAUCCGCAGGUCCCCUGCGCUUUUCUGGGCAGCAAGAUCACACUGCGGCACCGAUAGAACCGCAAAGAAGGUGUUUAUUUCUAAGUAGAUUUCCACCUGAAAUCAGAAAUGUCAUCUAUGAGCACGUAGACUGGAAUCCAAGAUCAAAACCUGGUAUUCCCGAGGCCGAGGGUACAACAGGGUACGGAGAUUCUGGUGAAGAGGAGGACGAUAUGAGUUCCAACAAGACCGAGCAAUCCGGGAAAGAUGUCGACAGCUCCAAAUCAUUAAGCCAGGAAGUUCUCCGUGCAAGACAGUCUCGCCAUCCUUUGGCUCUCCUCCUAAGCUGCCGUCAAAUCUACCACGAGGCCAGCCUGAUCGCCUUUCGCACAUACAUUCUCAUCGUCGACACGCAGCGUAGAUACGCUCUCCUUUCGAUGAUACAACACCGCACGCCCUUGUCUCCAUCCUUACAGUUACACGCCAUCUCCUCGCUCGUGUAUACUUUCCCACAACCAACCGCGAUGAGAACCCCAGUAUAUUUCAUCGCCAACUCACUGGUCCACUUCCCUAGCCUCAAACACAUCAAAGUGAUCAUGCAGCGCUACACCAACGAAAUCCUUCCAGGCGGACUAUUCCACCUACCCAGAUACCAUAAACACGAUGACCGAAAGUCAUCACAGUGCUUCGCCCCUUAUUGGUGGUGUAAUUCGCUUUCGGUUGGCAACGUGUUGUGGUCGAAUGAGCUGCAGAGGAACAAAGACGAGAAAUGGAGUGUGCAUUGGCCGCAGGACGCAGCUCUGGAAGAAUACUCAACAAUCCAUUCUGGAGGGAGUGAAGACCAGCCUCAGCCUUCCCUUCCCAUGGUUGAAGCGCCUCUGGAUACAGAGGAAGGAGUGAGACGCCAGACACUAGCAAAGUGGCUCCGCGACAGAAGCGAGGACGACGCAGAAGUGAGACAGAUUAGGCUUGCUGCCGCUGCGAUUGCUCAAGAUGGGGUCUACGAGUCUUGUAUUUGUCGAUGCGAAAGGCCCAGUUGGAUGAAGGCGGAGUUGGUGCAUGAAGAAGGGAGAAGAGUUGUUGCUGUUGCCGAGUAUCAGGAGAGCGCAAAGGUCGAGGGCGAAGGCCUGUCGGCGCUGGAUUAUGGGAGGGUGAUGUCUGCUGCGAAGAUAGAUACUUUUUAUGUGGUACGGGGCACAUCCACCAGCGAUAUUAUACAUGGUGCAUAUUGA